UCAGGUUAGUGUGCGCCGCGGGUGCUGGGGGCUCGAGAACCGAGCGGAGCUGGUUGAGCCUUCAAAGUCCUAAAACGCGCGGCCGUGGGUUCGGGGUUUAUUGAUUGAAUUCCGCCGGCGCGGGAUCCUCUGCAGAGAGAGAGCGCGAGAGAUGGAAAUGGACAAACGGAUUCAUUUAGAGCUGCGGAACAGGACGCCCUCUGAUGUGAAAGAGCUUGUCCUGGAUAACUGUCGGUCAAAUGAAGGCAAAAUCGAAGGCCUCACAGAUGAAUUUGAAGAACUGGAAUUCUUAAGUACAAUCAACGUAGGCCUCACCUCCGUCGCAAACUUACCAAAGUUAAACAAACUUAAGAAGCUUGAACUAAGUGAUAACAGAAUCUCAGGGGGCCUGGAAGUAUUGGCAGAAAAGUGUCCGAACCUCACACAUCUUAAUUUAAGUGGCAACAAAAUUAAAGACCUCAGCACAAUAGAGCCACUGAAAAAGUUAGAAAACCUCAAGAGCUUAGACCUUUUCAAUUGUGAGGUAACCAACCUGAACGACUACCGAGAAAAUGUGUUCGAGCUCCUCCCGCAACUCACGUAUCUCGAUGGCUUUGACCAGGAUGACAAGGAGGCCCCUGACUCAGAUGCAGAGGGCUAUGUGGAGGGCCUGGACGACGAGGACGAUGACGAGGAGGAGGACGAGGAUGAGGAGGAGUAUGAUGAAGAUGCUCAGGUCGUGGAAGAUGAGGAGGACGAGGAUGAGGAGGAGGAGGGUGAAGAGGAGGACGUGAGUGGAGAGGAGGAGGAGGAUGAAGAAGGUUAUAACGACGGGGAGGUAGCUGAUGAGGAAGAUGAAGAAGAUCUUGGUGAAGAAGAAAGGGGUCAGAAGCGAAAACGAGAACCUGAAGAUGAGGGAGAAGAUGAUGACUAGGUGGAAUAACCUAUUUUGAGAAAUUCCUAUUGUGAUUUGACUGUUUUUACCCGUAUCCCCGCCCCCCCCUCCAAAUCCUGCCCCCCGAAACUUAUUUUUUUCUGAUUGUAACGUUGCUGUGGGAACGAGAGGGGAAAAGUGUACUGGGGGUU